CAACAACAACAGCUCAGUCAGUGUCGCUGUCACUGGAGCCUCAUCAUGCCUCUGAAAACCUGCUGCAUUUACACCACCGGAGUGUUUUCUCUGUUAUUGCUGAUCCUCGGCAUUUCGUUGGUUUUAUCCACCGUGUUCCCACAUUUCCUACAGACGACAGUUGAAGAGGAAAUAGUUUUAAAAAAUGGCACGGAGGCGUUCGAGGCCUGGGAAGAUCCGCCUGCGCCUAUCUACAUGCAGUUUUACUUCUUCAAUCUGACCAAUCCUCUGGAGGUGUUGGACGGCGACAGGCCGGCUGUGGUGGAGAUUGGACCGUAUACAUACAGAGAGUACCGGCCCAUGGAGCAAGUGGUCUUCCAUGAUAACGGCACCAAAGUAACAGCUGUCAACACUAAAACCUACAUAUUCCAGCGCAACAUGUCCCGAGGUCCAGAGAGCGACCUCAUCAGGACCGUUAACGUCCCCGCCAUGACGGUGAUGGAGAGAUUCAAGGACUCGACUAUAGUGGCCAAUCUGAUCUCCGCCUACAUGAAAUCCACGGGGGAGGGCCUGUUCACCACCCGCACAGUGGGAGAGCUGCUGUGGGGGUACGAAGACGGCCUGCUUAAAGCCCUCAAAACGAUACACCCCGACCUGGAUGAUGUUUUCGGACUCUUCUACAAGAGCAACGCUUCAAAUGAUGGAGAGUACGUGUUCUUCACUGGCCAGCAGAACUACAAAGACUUUGCCAGAGUCGACACGUGGAACGGUAAAAGCUCUUUGGACUGGUGGACGUCUGAUGAGUGCAACAUGAUUAAUGGAACCAACGGAGCAUCUUUCCAUCCAGUCAUCACCAAGAACGAGGUGCUCUACAUGUUCUCCUCUGACCUGUGCAGGUCUCUGUAUGGUCUGUACGAGACCGAGGUGAGUGUGAAGGGCAUCCCCGGGUAUCGAUUCAGUCCCCCCAGCGAGGUGUUUGCCAACUCCACAGUGAACCCAGCCAACGCUGGCUUCUGUGUGCCUGCUGGUAACUGCCUGGGCUCCGGCGUGCUGAACGUCAGCGUGUGUAAACAAGGAGCUCCCAUCAUAAUGUCUUCACCACACUUCUACCAGGCAGAUGAGAAAUUUGUGAAGGAUGUGUUUGGCAUGAGGCCUAAGAAAGAGCAGCACCAGACGGUCAUCGAUAUCAAUCCGCUGACAGGAUUCGUCCUUCAAGCGGCCAAGCGGCUCCAGGUUAAUGUAUAUGUGGAGAAAAUUCCCACCUUCAGUCAAACGGGAAACGUGAGGACGGUGGUCUUCCCGGUGGUUUAUCUCAACGAGAGCGUUGUCAUUGACGACGCAUCAGCCGAGAAGCUGCACAAGAUUGUUGCCGUGAAGAACGUUGUGGAAAACGUUCCCUUCAUGUUCAUCGGUUUAGGAAUCCUUCUGGGAUUAGUCUUCAUGUUCCUGAUGUGUCGACACAAGGUGCCAGAGAGCACCGCUGCUGAACGACAGCCGCUGCUCACUUCGUAGCACCGACCAGGAGGCGAAAGGAGGAGGUUUGCCAUGUUCGAGGUGUAAUUUCAAAGGUUCAAUGGAUCUGAAGUUUCUGCUGUUAAUCCCAGAGUGACACUUCCCACAUUUAACCAAAACUCCACCUUUUAACACAUUUUUAACAUGAAGUUUUUUAAGGAAACAAACUGAAGACGACACCUUUGCGUUGUUUGUAAGGGUUUGGAGUUUCAAACCAGUUGAUUGUAAUGAUGCUGAAAUCUCUAUUUUAUGUUAUUUUUUUAUGAAACUUUACGGAUUUUUCUUUUCCUAUUGGGGGAAAAAACACAGAAUUGAAAACGUUUAAGUCCCCAAAUCUGCUUUGUUUGACGAGUUAGCUCUGAACUAUCAGAACUCCAGGAAUUUAAGCAGGAAAGUACCGGGCUCUUAUUCAACCAGAACCAUAUUUUAUAUGUGAUAUCGCCACAUUUCUUAGUGUGUGCAUCCAUUAAGUACCGCUACUGGAACAGCUGAAAGAACACCGUCAGUAACUCGGAGUUUUAAAAAGAAGGAAAGCCACGUUCACAAGUCGAGCUUUGACAAACGGCUGCUGGCAGAACGUUUCACUCGUAUUAUUUGUUCUGCCCUAAAAUGCUUUGUUUACAGAAAAACAAGGAGGUUCUCAAGUCCGUGCAUAUCACAUCUAUAGGAGUCUCAUUUCAGGAUUUUGCAUUUCUCUCGGACGCUGUGGAUCAACUUCAUUUUAAAACCUCUGGCUGUAGUUUUUCAGCUCAACCCGGUAGCGUGGAACCAGAGCCGACCAGUAUUACUUCAGCAGUAGCAGCAGGAUAAAGGGAAGCGUGUCCAAUGUCUCGCUCGUGUGAAGCACCGCUGAAAUAGUUUCACUUAAUUUCUUACUCAUGAAAUUGGCGUAAUUUUGAUUUAUGCUGAAAUCCGUUUGUGAAGAGCUUCGUGCUUGUUUGGCAAAGAAGAAAACGUGUGUUUUCCUUUUUAACUGUUUGACCUGAUUUGUUUUAUGUUUAAAUGCCACAUUUCUAAGCAGCGUUUUAUGACGUCGUUGGAGGCUUGAUGAUAAAUCCUGUCGUGCUGUUGCUAUUUAGAUCAUUCAUUCCUAAAAUAGCAUGAACUUUCUGUCGAGCACUAGAAUCCAGUAUCACUAUAACAUGCACUAUUUCAGUAACCACUAAUCACUGACGACGUGUUCACUUUUUUCGUUGUUUCGUAUGUAAAAGAUAACAGUCGUGACUCCACUACUCUGUCGUACAAUCAAUACCCUACAUGUAAUCACUGUUUACAUACCUUCAGUAGGUCAUAUAUCUAACUGUUUGCACACUGUCUUGUCAUUUGAUAUGGCUUAUCAGUAAACUUGCCGUGCUCUUCUCUAAA